UCAAGUCAUGCAUGUGUAACAAUGACAUUAAAAGUGUUUCAAUGUUUUGGAUGAUAUAAUAUUAAACAAUAAAGCUCUCAGAGCUCUUGUGUAAGAAUGCAGUAAGAAGGAUUUAUUGUCUACAAUGAAAAUUAAAAUAUUUAGUGGUUUUAUUAAGCAUUGAUAGUACAGAGGAAGAAGUACAAUUAAUUGUUGUUGACGCAUCACGAUCCUGAAAAAUUGUAAACAAAUUGUGAUUAAUUGUGAUAUACAACAAGUACAACUCAUUACCUGUAAUUACCAGAGACAUGCAAUAACUAUAUGACCCUGUUUCAGUCUGUACUGAUACACAGUUGUAUGUUAAAUAAUAAUGCCACAGUAACCAGGUUUUAUUACUGAGGUAGAGAUAGAAUGGUGAUAUAUGGCAGGUUAUAAACCUUGUUACAUAAAUUAAAGGAAAUCAGGAGUGUUUUAAUGUCGUUCUCACAAUCCUUCUCAGCUUCUUCUGGAUUUUAGAAAAGAGAGAAAUUUCCCCCUCAGGUAAAGAAAAAAAACAUCGUAGUAAAAAAGCUUUGUUCAGGUUUGGCUUAUCUCCUUCAUUGGCUUGAGCUAAAUAUUAAUUUGGGAAUGUUUAGUGUGCUGAUUCAGCAAUAUAAAAAAUUAAAAUAGAAUUGUAGUUGUAAUUUAUGUACUGAAUUUUGAUUCUGAAGCUAUAAACUGAAAUCUAUGUUACAAAGGUCACACGUCAUGAUGAACAAUAACAUGAAUUUUGAGGUAGCACAGAGUAGUUCAUGUGACACCAGCCCCAGUAAACUUUCAUCGAGCCCAGUGCAUUAUAUAGAGCCAGAGUUGAAUAGUUUUUUUUAAAAAGAAAAAGCAAUGCAAAUUUUUUAUACAAUUCUUUUAAAACUUAACUUCAUGAAGUAUGUGUUUGUACCCCAACAAUCUCGUAUCAUAUUAUUCUCAAUUGGACCACUGUUCAUCCACUAUUUGGCUCAAUUUUUUUAUUACUUUCAAUGAAAAAUGGCUUCUGUUUAAAGUAUAUUUUAUAGUAUAGAUUUAUAGUACACUGCAUAUAAAGUGUUUAAUUCAUUCUAAAGAUGUACAAUGAUACAAGUAUCACACUUGGGUUGGUAAAGGUAACAAAAGUUUUAAAAAUGAUUUGGCAAAAAUGUAAUGAUACUGUCACUGUUUACUCACACUUUCGUGUACAUGGAAGUGUGAGUAUUCACAUUGACAGUGUGUCUGCAUGGAUUCAGAUAGUAACCAGAAUUUGGAUGAAAUGUUUACACACUAAUGUAUUAUAAAGAAAAUUAAACAUCUGAAGAAAUGUGUAGGCAAAUCAUACCAUAAACCAUUGGGGUCCAAAAUGGGUCAUGAUUCGAUUUUUUUUUUUUGAUUUUACAAUUAUAUGUACUGUAUAUAAAUCCCUGAGAGAAAUUUGUUCUCAUUUAAACAAUUUCUUUGGGUAAAAUUAGUGGAUAUACUUAGGAAUCAGUGAAAUAAUUUUUUUCUCAUUUCCAGUUUAGUUAUUUAUUUCUCAGAAUUCAUUGUAAAUUGUAAAAAUGCGAUAGAAAAGUGAAUCUGGAACAUUAGGUAGUAAGUUGGCUAUUUCAGUGAAAGUUAGGAGUGAACAUCCAGGCUUCCAAGGUGAGCAAUGUAGCCUAGGGGCCUCCUUCUUUGUUUUAAAUCCCCACCCCUUCCCUUAAAGUGGUGUCAUUUUGGUUCAAAUAUUUAAUAUACAGUGUACCUUGAUAAAAGACUGAUUCUGGGAACCUAAUUUGAAGACAUUUUAAAUUUCUUUAGAAAAAAAUUGUUUCUUGAAAAAAAUGUGAUUUAUUUGUGUAAUUGCAUGACGGGUUCCAAUUUUGAAUUGUCAAAAGUUGUGGUUUGAAUUGUCAAAAUUUCAGAUCAAGUUACAAUGAAUUCAGGUGUGAUAUCACUGCUGUUCCUGAAUAACUUACUUGUACUUGCAUGUAGUAUGGGUAGUCAGAUACAUGCCUGUGAACUAGGGGUCAGCUGAUUAUACAACAAGAGUACAAAGACUUGAGGGGCGCUGGGAAUGUCCUGACUGAAUGACAUGGGGUUCAGUCACCAACCACUCACAGAUAACCCAGGAAUGUGCUGACCUCUUUCCACCAACGUCAUUAACUGGUAGCAAUCUCUUGUGACGUAAAGUUCAUAUUCCAUGUCAAUAGUACCCCCCAGCCAGCAGGUGACUGGGACAUGUUAAGAUGCUGGCCAUUUGUUGACAUAAGGACCAUAUAAGAGACUUUAGAUCUCUCUCGAUGAAUCAGAUUUAUUGUCAGUCUUCCCAGACGUUUCUACAGUGACCAGCUGAGGCUGGAAAAGAAAUGUUUACUUUUUUAUUGAUUCUGAGCUUCAGUUUGCGGAGGGCAUCAAUGGCAGCUUCCUCCGUGUUACUACUGUAGGAUUUCCCAAGGAAGUGAUUCUGUGAUAGUUUUGGAAAUACAAGUUCCUAAUCCUCUGUUCUGUAUCAAAUUGAUUAUAUUAGAACAGAUGAUGUCCAUGUGAGAAAAGUGUGUCCUGAAACUCUGACGGUGAAGUGUUAACAGGGGAAACAGGUGGUCUGUCUGAACUGACAGUGAUAAUUAAGUUAGAACUACCUGUUACUACCUAUACAUCUUUAGUGGACUCAGGGACUUCAACAUCUCAUUGUAUCAUGUCAUGAGCCGGAACACACAACGAAGAUAGGAAUUCAAGAUUGCGACAAUAUAAAAUCUAGCUAUUCCUCCUGUGACAGCGUGACUAUUAAGGAUAUAUCUUGGAUUUUGAAGGGAAAAUUUUUUGCAAUCAACAGUAAUUUGACUUUAAGUUGGUGAAAAAUCUAGGACUGACAGAAUUUAAGGAGCAUAAUGGACAACCAACAGCAGCCUGUUCGAGAUCAGGGACUGAUCUCUGUGGCUUCCCAUGUUCUGGAUGAUUCUGACAUUAGAAAUCAUAGAUCCACAGAUGCUGUAUAUAUUGGGUUACAUGUGCCAAAACGAAAACAUCGACGCAAGCGCCAUAAACACAGAAAAGUGGAAGGGGACAAAACUCAGAGCAGCCAGCCAGAAAUCUUCAAAGAUGUUGCCAACCCCGCCCAGCGGGUUCAGUUCCUGUUGGGAGAGGAGGAGGAUGAGGAACACAAGUCCCACGAUCUGUUCUGUGAGAUGGAGGAACUCUUCUAUAAUGGAGAUCAAAUAGAGUGGAAAGAGUCCGCUAGGUGGAUCAAGUUUGAGGAGGAUGUGGAGGAGGGUGGAGAGAGAUGGUCCAAGCCCCACGUAGCCACCCUGUCCCUCCAUUCUCUGUUUGAACUGAGGUGUAAUAUCCUCAGCGGAACAGUCAUGUUUGACAUAGAACCUUAUGACCUGCCAUCUCUAGUGGAAUUAAUAGUGGAUACAAUGGUGGCAAGUAAACAGCUUGAAGAGAACUUAAAGGAGAGGUUCGUUGAGACAAUGUUGAUUCGACAUCGACACCAGAACCAGAAAAAGCCCCAGAAGCUGGACGAGAAUGGGGGAAGCAAAAUUCACCUGCCCCUGAUUCGAUCUAUUGCUGAAAUUGGCAGGAAAAGUUCCGAACCACGGGGUUUUCAUAAGCAUGAGGACCCAGAUAACCCAGCACAGCUCCUGAAGAACAGGUUCAAGAGUGCCAAGAGUUCUCCGAAUUUCCACAUUCCCGAGAAGCAAGGGAGUGUUCCAAGCCGACUAGAACACCACACAACGUACGCAGGAAGCUUAUCGUCCAAUCAGAGCAGUAGUGAUCUCCUAACGCGGGACUCUUCUCAUAAGGACUUGAGCCACAUGAGCAGUCAUAGUCUACACUUCAUGAAGAAGAUUCCGCCUGGGGCAGAAGCAGCUAACAUUCUUGUGGGGGAGGUUGACUUUCUGAAUCACCCCGUGGUCACAUUUGUCAGGCUGCUGCAUCCCAUUAUUCUGCGGGAUUUAACCGAAGUUCCUGUGCCAACCAAGUUUGUAUUUAUAUUACUAGGACCCAUGGGAAACCAAAGCAAGUACCAUGAAAUAGGAAGAUCCAUAGCCACCCUAAUGUCUGAUGAGGUAUUUCAUGAUGUAGCUUAUCAUGCCAGGCAACGCGACGACCUGUUGGCGGGAAUAGACGAGUUUCUGGAUCAGGUCACUGUCCUACCCCCCGGAGAAUGGGAUCCUAGCAUCAGGAUAGAACCCCCAAAACAGAUCAAGGAGAGCAGGAAAAAUAAUUACUACACCCCUCCCUCUAAGGCAGACGGGGGAGAGGAGGAGAUAGUGGAGGAGUCGGACCAUGUAGACGGGUCGCUGGUUAGAACCGGCAGACUGUUUGGAGGGGUGUUGGAAGAUAUCAAACGUAAAGCUCCGUUCUACGUCAGUGAUUUUAAGGACGCCCUACACGUUCAGUGUUUAGCCUCAUUUAUUUUCCUUUACUUUGCUUGUUUAACACCGGUCAUCACGUUUGGAGGCCUACUUAAUGAUGCCACUGGCGGAAAUAUGGCGGUGUUUGAGAGUAUCUUGGCAGCCUCUAUAUGUGGUAUAUGCUAUGCCCUGUUUUCGGGACAGCCCCUCACCAUAUUGGGCAGCACUGGACCAGUACUGGUUUUUGAGACCAUUCUGUACCACUUCUGCUAUGACAAUGGAUGGGACUACUUGGAGUUCCGCCUGUGGAUCGGCUUGUGGACUGGUCUUCUGUUGAUUGCCAUGGUGAUCCUAGACCUGUCUGCAUGGGUCCAGUACAUCACUCGCUUCACAGAAGAAAGCUUCGCACUACUGAUCUCCUUAAUCUUUAUCAAGGAGGCUUUUGCUAAGCUGGCCAAUGUAACGUUGACCCAUCCCAUACACUUUCCCAUUGAAACCCGUCCAGGCUGGUGUCAGGGAAUCUGUCGGCCACCACUGGUCAAUGAGAGUGCCGCCACCAAUGUCACCACUGCUGCAGUCGGUAGUACCACACUUCCUACAACAACGUUUAAUGUGAUUGAGAGCACUACCCCGGGGAUUAACAUGACGGCCUUCUGGGCCAAUAAGACCCUGGAGGAUUGUGUACUCUCUGGAGGACACUGGGACAAGAAUUACGAUUGUCAUGAUGAUACAGAGCCAGAGGUCUUUUUCCUGUCUGUGAUUCUAUUCUUAGGAACUUUCACAAUUUCUAUGACUUUGAAGGGCAUGCGUACAAGCAAAUUUUUCCCUACACAAAUCCGUGCAAUAGUGAAUGACUUUGCUGUGAUGUUUGCGAUAUUGACAAUGGUUUUAACAGACUUCUUGCUGGGUAUUCCUACUCCAAAGCUACAUGUACCAGAAGAAUUCCGGCCUACUAGUGAUAAGAGGACCUGGGUUGUGAAUCCUAUAGACAAGAAUCCAUGGUGGCUACCUAUAGCUGCAGUUAUUCCAGCCUUGCUGGCCACCAUAUUAAUCUUCAUGGAUCAGCAAAUCACAGCUGUUAUUGUUAAUAGGAAAGAAAACAAACUAAAGAAAGGUAAGGGCUACCACUUGGACCUUUUCAUUGUGGCGUGCCUGAUCAUCAUAUGCUCCAUCCUGGGUCUGCCGUUCUUUGUGGCGGCCACCGUGCUGUCCAUCACCCACGUGAUGAGUCUUAAGAAGGAGUCCAAGUGUGCUGCCCCUGGGGAGACCCCAAAGUUCCUAGGAGUCAGAGAGCAGCGUGUUACUGGACUGAUGAUAAACCUGAUGAUAGGUGUGUCCAUCUUACUGACGGGCAUUCUGAAGCAUAUCCCUAUGCCAGUGCUGUAUGGGGUAUUCUUGUAUAUGGGUGUGUCCUCACUGCGUGGAAUGCAGGUCGUCAACCGGAUCUUAAUCUGGUUCAUGCCCCAGAAGUACCAGCCAGAUUACAUGUACCUGCGACAUGUCCGCACCACCAGAGUGCAUCUGUUUACCGCCAUACAAGUCUUUUGUUUAAUUCUGUUGUGGAUCAUCAAGAGCAUUAAAGAGACUUCCAUAGCUUUUCCUAUAAUGGUGCUAGCUAUGUGUUUUAUAAGGAAGGGAUUAGAUUGGGUUUUUACCCAAGAGGAAUUACGAUGGUUGGAUGAUGUCAUGCCAGAAAUUCACAACAGAGCCAAAGAGGAUAAAGAAAAGGAGAAGGAAAAAGAAAAAGAAGAAGAACUAGCAAUGCAGAACGGAACCUCCGACACUUCAUUUAACAUGAAUGUUGUAAAAGUGGGGAUAAAUGGCAAUGACAGCGAUAUAUGUAUAUCUGAUGAGAUGACCAAAACCAGUGUCUGGAAACACUUGAUUGCCAAUGAGUCCUCUCCCUCUCUUAACAGUAAUAGCAGCAGUAUCAAACAACACCAUAAGAAACAUAAGAGCAAAUCCUCAGGUCAAGCCGUGUCUUUCUACAUUGAUGAGGAGGAAAAGGAGCACCUGCUAUCUGACAAAAAACCUGAAAUAGAAAUAGUUGUAGACCCCCCGAGUCGUGACCACAGUGACAAUGAGGAGCGGGACAGCAAGAUAUGACUGCCCCCUGCUACCCCCAUCAGAGGAUGCCCAACCCCCAAAUCAUUGUGAUAUCUUUUAUUUUUAGGUGUACUAUUUAUGAUUAAGUACAGUGUACGCUGUUUUAUUUUAAACAAGAAUCUUGUUAUGUUGCAUUUUUACAUGGUUCAUGAAAAAUGUCAAAAUUUUUCAUAUUGGUUUUUUUUUUUUUUUGGAUUAUAUUCGCUUAAAAUCAGUUUGUUACUUUUCGUUCAUACAUGUAGCUCAGCUUUAUGUUCAUAUUUGCUUUUAUCUGUAGCUUUACAUCUUAACCAACUCCUUUGUUUACAAAAAAAAAGAAAUUUUGCUCUCAAUUGACAUGAAAAAAAAUUGAUAAGAAAUUUUUACUCUUAAAUGGGAGUGUUUUAAAAGAUUACUAUGCAUUUAGAGGACUGAAAAUUGAUUGUGAUCCAUUUUUUAUUUAAUUUGGCAUAUUCAUCUUUUACAUGUACUUCAUUUUUUAAAAGAAAUUAUUUAAGCGUGUGUACAUGCAUAAAAUUACAUGUAUAUAAAAGAACUAAUAAUUACAAUGCCUAACCUAUAUAUUGUUUUCUUUGAUAAGGCAGCAGCUGAGAUUCUGUCAAAUACAUGGGAAAAGUAUUUGGGAUACAGUUCAUCACAAAAGUUACUUACCAUUAGAUGAUCAAACGGAUAUGAAUUAAUUUUUUUUUACUGUUCAAUGAUUUUUCGAUUCAACAUGACUACAUAUUAACUUUUUAGCAUUAUUGUCUCAUCUACAGAAGCUUUAUCCAUUCACACCAAUGCAGAAUUAUUUUAGUUCUUUUAUUUUUUCUUUUUAAUUUUUUUUUUAUUUUUACUGUAGCUAACCAACAACCGAAAUGUUUUCUGAAAUCCUUUGAAUAAAUAUUUUUUAUACACUUGGUUUUUGUAGUAUGUUUGUUUCAUGCAUCUGCAAUUUUAUUAAGUACUUCAUUUUCAAUUGUUUGUUUGUUAGUUUAAGACUGUGUUAAUUUCUAUAACUUGAAUGCAAUAUUGUAUUAGAUGAUAUUUGCAUUUGUUCUGUGUCUGAAAAGGUUUUUUUUUGGUACAUAUGUACAUGCCAUAUAUAAUGUUUUCAUGAUAUCUGAUGGUUGUACGUGCAUCAAAUGAUUGGAUAUUCUUGUUGUCAUUCUGAUUAUUCUUUUUGAAGAACAAUGCAUUCGUUUCAUCUUAUUUUCCUUUCCUUAUGAUUUUGUUGAUAACUAUUUUAAACCCUUUUAAUGACGCUUCUCACCAGCUCUAAUGCCCCAACCCCACUUUGUCCCAAAUUAAAUCCACUUUUGGAGUCAAAUAUUCUUUUCUUUAAUUCCAUAAUAAAACAUAUGCAGUACAAACUCAAAAGUUCUAUCCAGUUGGUGAUUUUAUUUUAUAUUGUUGAUAUUUGGUGUCUGUUAAUAUUUUAUUUAAGCAGUGCAUUUAUAACAUAAUUUCAAUAUUGUGUUUAUCCAUAUUAUUGCAAUAUUGUUUUAUUUUUUUAAUUAGAUAAAAUAAACAUGAAUGUUAUUGCUUCAGAAGAGAAGGUUCAUAGCAUGUUACUUACUGAAUACUGAUAUGUUUUUAAAUGCCAUUCUUGAGAAUAUAGUGCUACAAUAACACAAAAACAAUAAAGUGUUGACUUAGAAUAGUUUUAGAAAUGGGACUGAAAAUCAAAUUUAUAAUGGUAUGUCAGCUUUACAUGUCAUAGAUAUUAAAAUAUGUACAACAAAGAAAAAAUAUGUACCUGUAAUUCAGGUAGAGGUUAAAUUUGUUCAAUUGUAUUAUGCUGUGUUCAUAGUUAUGUUUAUACAUGUAUGAAAUCAAACUUUGCUCUACAUGCCUUUGUUUUGUUAAGGUCUUGCUUAUACCCGCAUUCAUUCUCUGUACAGGUAAUUAAGACUAACUGACUAUUGUGGUGAUGACUGUUACUGUGAUAUACUGUUAAUGGUUUACUUCUGACCAAUCACUUACUUUAAUACAUGUACAUUGUUCUCCAUCAACCUCACCAUUCAGUGCUUUCUAUUGGUUUUUGAUUCAUUACUGCUAUUUAAAUUCCAUAUUUAUUUUUAAAUUUCAGACACUAUAAUUUGACUAAGACUUCUAUCUGCUAAAUUUUGAAAUGAUUGAUUACUCAGGCAACCUAAAUAGGUACCUUACCACUCCAUUUACAUAAGCUUCUUUCAGACUUCUUCAUUGGCAUCAAAUGGGGGGGGGGGGGGGUAAUAAAAAUUAUAGUUUCGAGGAAAUGUAAAUUGUUGGACAAUGCUUUAAUAAAAUUUUUAUCGAAACCACAUUAAUAUUUCAGGGUAAUAGCUCCAUCUUCAUAUAUGAUGCAGUGUGCGCGUAGAUACGUUUAACUUACCCUUGGUUCUUGCAAAUAUUUGGUAAAGACCUUUCAUCACAUUUCAUCUCGAUUGAAAACAAGAUUUUAUUCCUGAAGUUAUAUCCCCAUUCCAUAUAAAACUUUAAUACACACAAACCUAACAGAUUGUAUUGGUCUUAAUGAAAGAGGGGUCUAAAAAUUGGUUAACUGUAAAAGUUAUCUGAACAUUUAUUAUUAUUUAGUAUACUGUACUGACUGUGUGACUUGUUUUUGUUAAAUACAUGUACAUUUGAAUUGAUUUGAAUUCUUUUCUCUCUUCAUUAAAAUAAUAGAAACCUCAUUAUAAAAAUCUCAUUAAGGAAUUGAGAAUGAGGUCUGCUGUGCAUAUCCAGACUUUUGCAUCAGGUGUCUCCUUAGUUUAACAAUUAAAUUCUAUGUUAAUUUAGUUUAAUAAAUUGAUUAGAAUUUAAUACUAUAUUUAUCAUUAAGGUGUGAUAUUUUUCCAGUUGAGUUUUAAUGAGGUUUAGUGAAGUGCAAAACUUUUAUCAUGAUUUUAUCUUGUUCUGAGAAUAAUGGUGUGUUCUUCUGUUGAAGCCCUUAUGGAUUCUUUUUUAUCCUUAUGUGAGUUAUUCGGGUUUAGAACUUACGAUGAUUUUUAUUAUGUGUAUCAACAUUAUUGGAGAUGAAUUCACUUGUUCAUCAUGUCUUUACACCAUACUCUGCAAAUUUUCAUCAGUUGCCAUAUCUGUAUAUGUGGUAUUGAGAGCUUGACGUUUUGAUCAUCAGUUGGAUUUUUCUCUUGAGUUACAGAAAAACCAUGAAAGUAAAAACAUGCAGGUCUAUUUUUGAGUUUAUAAACAUGAUGAAUAUUACGAUUUUUUGUAUUAGAACUAUAAGAGGUCUCUAUGUGGACUUGGACAGAUUUUGUGGUAAUGGGUAACAUUGCCUACAAUCUUAUGUAACUGUAGUUAUUGAGAUUGCCUGAAAAGGAAUAAAAAACAUCAAAACUAA